AUGGACGCCUCCUCCCUCCGCAUCUCCAAGUUCGAUGGAACUAACUUCCACGCCUGGAAGUUCAAGAUGCAGAUGGUGCUGGAGGAACGGGACCUAUGGGAGGUCGUCAGCCCAUGGAAGAUUCCCAGCUACCGUUGGUCGGUCGGCAAGUGGUGCAUGCACGCAUGGUCAAGGUUGGAAGACCACUUCGAGAAGAAGAGUCUUGCCAACAAGCUGUUCUUGCGCCGUCGCUUCUUCACGACAAUGAUGGAAGAAGGCGACGAUGUGCUCGAACACAUCAACAAGCUCAAGACGCUGGCGGAACAGCUAGAAGCGGUGGGGGCUCCAGUCUGCGAGGACGAUCUGGUGAUCACACUCCUCGGCAGCCUGAGUGACUCGUAUCAAUUCUUGAUCACAGCUUUGGAGUCGCGCUCAGACACUCUUAGCUGGGAGCUCGUGACGUCUCGACUGCUUCAUGAAGAAAUGAAGCGGAAGGAGCAAGGAAGUAAAAGGUGA